UCCGCGGGCCCCCGGCUCUCGGCGAGCUCGGCGUGUCCAGCGUGGGAGCGCAGUGCACCGCGGCACCAUGCGGUCCCACAAUUUCGAGCUGAUUUUUGACCGCGUGGGGCACUUCGGCAGAUUUCAGAUAGUCCUCUAUUUUAUAUGUGCCUUCCAGAACAUCUCUUGUGGUAUCCACUACUUGGCAUCUGUGUUCAUGACAGUGUCCCCCUACCAUACCUGCCGGCCUCCGGGCAACGUGAGUCAGGUUCUUUUCCACAAUGUCUCUAGUUGGAGGUUGGAGGACAUCUGGAUCCUGUUUUUCACAGGCCAUGAAGAUCAGAUUAUAGUGCAGCUACAGAACGGUGAGGUCUGGGAGCUCACAAGUUGUCACCGAUUCCGGAGGGAUGAAAAGUCUGGCUUGAACUCUGCUUAUAAUGGCCGGAAGAGCAGCUUUCCUUGUUUGGAUGGCUACAUCUAUGACAAGAGCAAGUGGGACAGCACCGUGGUGACUCAGUGGGAUCUGGUGUGUAACCGAGAAUGGUUUGCAAAGAUGGUCCAGCCCGUAUUUAUGUUGGGAGUCCUGCUGGGGGCAAUGAUUUUUGGCUACCUUUCUGACAGGCUAGGAAGACGGCUCGUCCUGUGGUCCACAAGCAUUGGCGUAUUUUUCUUCGGCAUAGCAGCGGCUUUCUCAUCUGAUUAUUACGGCUUCAUGAUCGCUCGCUUUCUUCUAGCCAUGUCUGGAAGUGGCUAUCUCGUGGUGGUGUUUGUCUAUGUGACGGAAUUUAUUGGCAUGAAGUCUCGGACGUGGGCAUGCAUCCAGAUGCAUUCCUUUUUUGCCAUUGGAACAAUGGUGGUGGCUUUGACAGGCUACUUUGUCAGGACCUGGUGGACCUAUCAGAUAGUCCUCUCCACAGUGACUGUCCCCUUUGUCGUGUGCUGUUGGAUACUCCCAGAGACACCUUUUUGGCUUCUUUCAGAGGGAAGAUAUGAAGAAGCACAAAGAGUAGUUGAUACGAUGGCCAAGUGGAAUAGGGCAAGCUCCUGUAAACUGUCAGAACUUUUGUCACUAGAUCUAAAUGGUCCUGUCGGUAAUGCACCCUUUGAAGUUAAGAAGCACAACCUAUUAGAUCUGUUUUAUGACUGGAAUGUUGGAACAAGGACAUUUAUUGUUUGGCUGAUUUGGUUCACUGGGUGUUUGGGAUUCUACUUCUUCUCCUUGAAUUCUGUUAAUUUAGGAGGCAAUGAAUAUUUAAACCUCUUCCUCAUGGGUGCAGUGGAAAUUCCUGCCUACGUCUUCAUAUGCUGGGGGAUGGACAGUAUAGGGAGAAGAAACAUUCUGGCCUUCUCCCUUAUCUCAGGAGCACUGCUCUGUGGUGUGGUUAUGGUGAUCCCCAAGGAUUACUUUGUUUGGACUGUGGUGGUGACUAUGGCUGGAAAAUUUGCCAUAGGGGCAUCGUUUGGCCUCAUUUACCUUUAUACGGCAGAGCUGUAUCCAACCAUGGUAAGGUCGCUGGCCGUGGGAAGUGGCAGCAUGGUGAGCCGUGUGGGAAGCAUCGUGGCCCCGUUCUGGGUUUCUCUCUCCAGCGCUUGGACCUUCCUACCACAGCUGCUGGUUGGGAUUUUGGCCUUCAUAAGUGGAGUGCUAUCGCUAAUGCUUCCAGAAACCAUGGGGAUGCCUCUGGCAACGACUUGGGAGGAGGCUGCCAAACAGGAUACAGAAAAAGAGAGUUCAGGCAAAUUAUUUCCCACAACCAAAAAUACUGUGUUGGAAAAAAUGGAAGUCAUUGACUCCGAGGUUUCUGGUCUUGGUGAAUAAAUGUGCUGUGUUUACUUUAAUGACUUCAUAUUAGAGGAAUAUUAUUCUCAUCUCCUGAAUGUCAUUUGUAUGUCUUUAAAAAAAAUUUUUUUUUUUUAAAGAUUUUAUUUGAGAGAGAGAGAAUGAGAGAGAGCACAUGAGAGUGGGGAGGGUCAGAGGGAGAAGCAGACUCCCCGCCAAGCAGGGAGCCCGAUGCGGGACUCGAUCCAGGGACUCCAAGAUCAUGACCUGAGCCGAAGGCAGUCGCUCAACCAACUGAGCCACCCAGGCGCCCUUAAAAUUUUUUUUUGUAAGAAAAUCUUAAAACAAUUGUUUUGUAAAAGUAAAAGAAAUAAAACCAAGAUGAGAAUUCUCAUUUUUUUACACUGCUUUAUUACUGCCAUAAAAAAUUUCUCCCUAUGUGUUCUUAAAUGUUAUUGAUUCUCAACCGUCCCCCUGCCUCCAGCCAUGCAGGCCCGAGAGAGUAUCACACCCUCCCAUCAGGACCAGGGUCCCCCUGCCCCCUGGGGACUGGGAAGAGAGGGCAUGGGAGCUUUCAACAAAGCCCCUUGAAGAUUCUAUUUCUGAUAUUCCUUCUCCUCUUAUGAGAAUCAUAGCUCUAAAUUCAAAUUUUAUUCAGAAAUGCCCGGUCAGCGCACGUGGGUGGUGCAGUCGGUUAAGCGUCUGACUCUUGGUUUCAGCUCAGGUCGUGAUCUCAGGGUCAUAGGAUCAAGCCCCACUUUGGGCUCCACGCUCAGUGGGGAGUCUGCUUGAGAUUCUCUCUCUCUCUCAUUUAAAUAAAUCUUUAAAAAAUGCCCUGUCAAAAAAUGUUUGUCUUCAUAAUUUAACCAUAAAAAUAAUAGCUACAGAAAAAGGUCUCUUGCUUCCCUGCACCCUGAGGCAAAGAGGGCUUGAAUGAGCAUACAAAUGUGUUUUGUGUCAGGUCUAGUUAAAGGGCACCUGUCUGCUCGGGGCCAGGCAUGAGUUUUCUUUUUUUUUUUUUUUUAUUCUUAUGUUAAUCCCCAUACAUUACAUCAUUAGUUUUAGAUGAAGUGUUCCAUGAUUCAUUGUUUGUGCAUAACACCCAGUACUCCAUGCAGAAUGUGCCCUCCUCAAUACCCACCACCAGGCUAACCCAUCCUCACACCCCCCUCCCCUCUAGAAGCCUCAGUUUGUUUUUCAGAGUCUAUCGUCUCUCAUGGUUCGUCUACCCCUCUGAUUUCCCCCGCUUCAUUCUUCCCCUCCCGCUACCUUCUU